ACAGGAGUGGCUAGCUAGCGUUGCGUAAAGACAAAUCACUUGAAAGUUGUCGACGAGUCCUAAACGAACCCGCACGGCCACGCGCGGUGUGCAGCUGCGUGAGUGGCGGUGCCCCGCGGCCCGACCCGCGCUCCACACGUCGUUACAGAACCCGCAAGCUGCGCUUGAGUUGAGGCGCCAAUGCUACCCGGCCACUGUUAGCUUAAUGCUAAUCAAGCUAGCUAAGCUGUUGUGUUGAUGAAGGAUGUGGGCAGAGUACUCGUCACCAUGGCCCCACUGUCAUCACACUCAUACUAGAAGGACGUGUGAUCAUUCUAGUUACUAGAGAACCUGCUAACUCUGAAUGUAAUGUCCUGGACCUGCUCCAGGAUGAGGAUAUUCUCCAAAACGUGCGCCAUUCACGGGGAAAUUACGAAUUAUGAAUCUGUCAUAUAAUUUAUGUCAUUUUAACCAUUGACUGCCAGUGCCACGCCCCCCGGUCUUGGUGUGUUUGCACAUCCUCAAUGAGCCACUGGUCUCCAGCCAUGUAGUAAUGAUGUAGAGCUUUUCUAGUCUUAUCUACCACUCAAAGUACGGGACAGGUCACGUUCACACAGCGCGGCUGUUGACUGUCUGUCCCACUCAUACACCGUCAGAAGAGCCUCCAGAGCCAGUGUCUUGCCCAAGGACACAUCAACGUGCAGCCUGGGAGAAGCUGGGAUCGAACCGUCGACCGAGCCACAGCCGAUCAAUCUACUACACAAAAUGAUAUCUAAUGAAAUCCCACCAACCGUUGACAAUGAUCUUCAAGGUAGCGAUGGCUCUGGGAAUUUGGGUGGCCCAGAUGUCCGAAGGCGAAUCCCCAUCAAGCUCAUAUCCAAACAGCCCUUAAGGAGCAAACCUCCGCCACGCGCCCAGAGACCCAGCAGCAGACCAACUAAAAGUGAGGCUGGAGAAGAUGAUAACUUUGGCUUCAAGCAAGAGGACCGGUUCGAUUGUGGCGCUAAAUCUGGAGAUGUGUUUGCAAAUCAGAGGAGAUUUCCACAGCAAAUGUUUUGGGACUAUAAGUUACAUUUGAUUGGAGAGAGGGAUGACGUACCGAUUCACUUCUGUGACAAAUGUGGCCUCCCGAUCCAGCUGUAUGGACGGAUGAUCCCCUGCAAACAUGUUUUCUGCUACGACUGUGCUUUGCUCCAUGAGAAGAAAGGAGAUAAGAUGUGUCCAGGCCUCACCCUCUACAACUGCACAGAUCCGGUGCAGCGCAUUGAGCAGUGCCAGCGUGGUUCGCUCUACAUGUGCAGCAUUGUUCCGGGAUGUAAGCGCACCUACCUGUCCCAGCGUGACCUGCAGGCCCAUGUCAACCACCGCCACAUGAGGGCAGCCAAGUCGUCGGCUGGACGCCAGGACCCCUUGCACCUGCCUCCUUCAUCUGAGGUCCCUGAUCGUUUCCGCGUGCCUCAGUCUCACCUACCCAAGAACCACGUCCACCUCCCCAACCCGCUCCAGCACAGCAGUCAUGAUCCCUACAGUCAGCCGCCGCCACCCAGUGCUCACGAAGCCCCGCCCCCGACGUCCGCUCUCGGCCCUGAAACAUUCCGCAUCGCCACAGUAACAACUCGCAAACACAGCAAUCUCAUCACUGUGCCCAUCCAAGACGACUCCUCCUCCCGUGAACCCCUCUCUGGUGGGCCAGGCCCCGGCCAGCCGCCCCACCAUCACCCUGGAGACUAUUCUAACCAGCCCCCUGUCGUGUCCCACCCUCACCACAUGAUGGCACCACCACAGCAGCACUUUGGCCCCCCGCCUCCCCCUCCUCCCCCCAUCAGCCACCAAAUGCAGCAUCCACCCCAAUCCUCUGGGACGCCACACAUGGUGUACAACCAGGCCCCCCCUCCCCCCAUGUCCACAGCUCCACCACCAAUCACGCCCCCACCAGGGCACAUUAUGGGCCAGAUGCCCCCUUAUAUGAAUCACCCGCGGCCAGGACCUCCACCACAACACAGUGGCCCUCCAGUUAAUGCCCCUCCACCUCAUCAUUACAACCCCAACUCGAUGCAGCAGUUCUCUGAAGAUCAGGGCACCCUCAGCCCCCCGUUCAACCAACCAGGAGGGCUCAGUCCUGGGAUGUGGCCUGCUCCGAGAGGGCCCCCACCCCCCCGAAUGCAGGGCCCUCCUCCCCAGGGCCAGAUGCCCGGACCACAUCACCCAGAUCAGGGCCGCUACCGGCCCUACUAUCAGUAAACUGCCACCUGGAUGAAUGGGCGACAGUCUGUGAAUAAUGUGAUAGUAAACCUCAGGGUUACAGGACGUAGACGUUUUCGUUUUGAUAAUACUGCCCAGAAGCAAAUGUGUAUGUGGUGCACAUCUUAGUUAAGUAUACUGAACCUCCCACUAAACAUACUGCAGAAUUGGAGAAGAACAAGAAUGUCCCCUUUUUAAAAGCUUAUAUUUCUGUAUAUUUGUCAGCCGAGUUCAUGCAUCUGUACUGUACAAUGAAAGAUGUUAAAUAUGCCUCAAUAAAUUUUUAACAGCA